CCCCUGCACUCCCAGCUCCACUGCUGUGUGAGGGUUGGGUCGGGGAUGUGGUCCUGCACCUGGAGCCUCUGGGAAUCCAGCCAAGGUGCCAGAAGUCACUCUGGGAUUUUGGGGGGAUUCUGCAGGAUUCCCCUGACAGGAAGGACUUGUUUGGGAAGCUGCUGCUCCCUAGAGAGAAAUACUCCAUGAGGAUAUUGAUACCACAGUAAGCAACAGUGUCCUGUGGUGGAUGGGAGUCAGGGCAAGGACAGACCAGAGGCUUUGAAAGGAUGAAGUGCUGCAGCUCUGCUGGAGUUUCCAUGGCUUCUGGAGCAGCCUCAGUGAUGAAACUCAUCAGCAACCCAGAGCUUUAUCUGCAGCCUGUCCUCCCGUGGAGGAAGUCGUUGCUGUUCUAACUGAAUUUACCAACUGGAGUUUCUUAAGUGAGUUGUUGAAGGUCUUUUGAAAGAAACUGUCAUUGCUUUUAUCAGUUCCUCAGGGGAUGAAUUGAAGAGCAAAACUUUUAGGACAAAAAGCAGCUGCUGGAACAGUCUGGAGUGUGCCCAGAGCCAGAGGCCCUGUGAAGCCAGUGCCUGCCUGGCUCCCUUGCUCCUGGUGCUUCCAUCCUCCCUGCCCAGCUGAGCCCCUGGGACCACAAGAUGUGCCGCUGGAGCUGUCGGACACGUCCCUGCUGAGCAGCGUGGCCGAGGCCCGGCAGCUGGUGGAUGCCGCCUACAAGCGCACACGGGAGCGACUUGCUGACUCCAGCUCAGGUGGAGGUGAUUUUCAAGGCCACUGGAUGUGACCAGCAGGAUAAGAAAAUAAAUUGUCCAUCUUCUAGCUACAGAACCAUUACUGGAGAGUGCAACAACAGGAGGAAUCCAUCCCUAGGAGCUUCCAACAGAGCCCUGGCCAGGUGGCUGCCAGCAGAGUAUGAGGAUGGUGUGUCCGUGCCCCGUGGGUGGACAGAAGGAAAGCGUUUCUCUGGAUUUCCCCUUCCACUGGUCCGACAAGUGUCCAACGAGAUCGUCCGCUUCCCCCCGGAGCAGCUGCGGAUGGACCAGCAGAGAUCCCUCAUGUUCAUGCAGUGGGGCCAGUUUAUUGACCACGACCUGGAUUUCAGCCCAGAAACCCCAGCCAGAGUCCCCUUUGGUGGUGGAACAGACUGUGACACCAGCUGUGCCAAGAAGCCUCCCUGCUUUCCCAUCCAGAUCCCACCCAACGACCCCCGAAUCACCAACAGGAGGGAUUGCCUCCCUUUCUUCCGCUCAGCUGCCGCCUGCGCGCGGGGCAGGGUGGUGCGGGAGCAGAUCAACGCGCUGACCUCGUUCCUGGACGGCAGCGUCGUGUACGGCAGCGAGGUGGCCGUGGCCGAGCGGCUGCGGGACCGGAGCAGCCAGAGGGGCCUCCUGGCUGUCAACCACAACUUCACGGACAGGGGCAGGGCGUACAUGCCUUUUGGUCCAAUGAGGAAGGAGCCCUGCCUCAAGGCCAGCGGGGCAGCUCGAAUCCCUUGUUUUCUUGCAGGUGACACCCGUGCCAGUGAGAUGCUGGAGCUGGCCUGCAUGCACACACUCUUUGUGCGGGAGCACAACCGCCUGGCUGGAAAGCUGAGGCGCCUCAAUCCUCACUGGAAUGAUGAGAGGCUCUACCAGGAGGCACGAAAGAUCCUGGGAGCCAUGAUCCAGAUCAUAACCUACAGGGACUACCUGCCUCUCCUGUUGGGAUGCAGGUUCCACAGGCUCAUUCCUCGCUACCGGGGCUACAACGAGUCUGUGGAUUCUCGGAUAUCCAAUGUCUUCACCUUGGCUUUUCGCUUUGCUCAUGCCUCAGUCCCUCCAACCGUUGGCCGCUUAGAUGAAUAUUACAGACCCAUAACUCCUGAAAUUCAGCUCAGAACCUCCUUCUUUGCUGUCUGGAGAAUCAUUCAAGAAGGUGGGAUUGAUCCCUAUCUCCGGAGCCUCAUGGCCAACCAGGCCAAGCUGAUGACGCAGCAGCAAAUGGUGGUGGGGGAGCUCCGGGACCGGCUCUUUGAGCAGGUUGAAAGGAUUGGGUUUGAUUUAGCUGCACUCAACAUGCAGCGCAGCCGAGAUCAUGGCCUUCCAGGUUACAACUCCUGGAGAAAAUUCUGUGGGCUCUCGCAGCCCUCUGGAGUGAAGUCACUUGGGCGUGUGUUGAGGAAUCGGAACCUGGCAAGGAAAUUCCUGAAGCUCUAUGGGACACCGAAGAAUAUUGACAUCUGGAUUGGGGCCCUUGCAGAGCCCUUUGUGACAGGAGGCCGAGUGGGGCCUCUCAUGGCCUGUCUCAUUGGCACCCAGUUCAGGAACAUUCGUGAUGGAGACAGGUUUUGGUGGCAGAACCCUGGGGUUUUCACUCCUCGCCAGCGCUGUUCACUGGCCAAAAUCUCCUUGUCACGAAUAAUAUGUGACAAUACCCACAUCACUAAAGUAUCAAGGAAUAUCUUCCAGGCUAACAGAUACCCCCAUGGCUUUGUGAGCUGCAGUCAGAUCCCAAAGCUGGACCUCAGACCCUGGAAGUCAAAGAGCACCGAGGAGCAAGAAAAAGAUUCUGGUGACUUUAAAUGCUGAAUGUUGAGGAUUUCCCAGAUGUCCAGACUUGGGAAGCUGCUGAGGUGGAUUAUUAAUUUUUACUGUGUUUAUGCUUUCACUGCCUGCAAUGUUUGGGCAUGGUUUGCUCAGCUUGAUUUGAAUGGAGCCUUUACAGUGGGAUCAGUGGGAUGCAACCCAGGAAUAAAAGAACUUAAUGAAGAGAUAGCCCAGAUCUGGGAAAUCACUCAGGAUCACAAAGCCAAGUGAAAUAAGUUGUCCAGAGGCUAGUCCCAAAUCUCACAAGCUGCUGGCUUAGGCCAUGGAACCACACAAUGCUUCACCAGGAUUUACUGUCAAACACAUGUUUUGGACCUUCCUUUUAAAUUUUUCAACCCCCAAAGAAUGAUCAAGGCAUUGGAAUAACAGUAGAUUUUUGUUCUCAAUUUUUUUUUUUAAUAAACAAAUCCAUCAAUUUCCAGAGAAAAUGCAGGAUGCCUCUGAGAGAAGAAGAAAUAGUUGUCUUGCAACCCCAAACACACUGUCCUAAAAUGCUCUGUGUCAGGUUUUGCUCCAACAUGGAAGGAAGAAAUUUGCCACAUGGAUGAGAGUUUUCUCACUAUUCUUUCCCAUAGUCCAGAAUGCCCAAAACAUCCUCUGAUGUGACAGUAACCUAUGACAAGUUAUUCCUGAGGCCUGGCAUGAGCCAGAGUGACUCAGCACUGGCCUGUAGAGCUGGUGGGAUGUGGCCUGGCAAAGAUAAAAACAAUCUGAACAUACAAGAAAGUAAUAACUACUCUGCUUUCAAUCCAGCUUUUUCCCUUUUCCUGAAAGGGAUCAAACCCACUUUCUCCUCCCUCUAUAGCCUGCUAUAUUCCUGUUAUUGCUUAAUAAAUUGCAAUUUUGGGCUGA